UAAAAAAAUAAAAAUAAUCGAGUGCGGAAGCUCUACAAGUCUGGCUGGACUAAGUUUUGGGCCUUGUCUGCAGCGCAAAACAUAUAUUGCGUUGCAUGAGAUGUCUUAAUUUGCGACUCCCUCUAUAUGUUCUGCCUUACGCAUAGGCCACGUUCCAUUUCUGUCGCCACUCGUUGAAUUUGCCCCUGGAUUGACUGCGGAGGACAAGGAAGAAGUGGGAGUCAUGCCGACGGAACUGUUAAGCAUUCAGCCUAGCGAGCUCAAGUUUCCAUUUGAGCUAAAGAAGCAAGUUUCUUGUUCGCUGAGGCUCGUUAACCUUACUGAGCACUAUGUUGCAUACAAGGUGAAGACAACAUCUCCCAAAAAAUAUUGUGUACGCCCUAAUACUGGAGUAGUUUUGCCUCAAAGUAGUGUUGACAUCACUGUGACAAUGCAAGUUCAACGAGAGGCUCCACCAGAUUUGCAAUGCAAGGACAAGUUUCUGAUUCAAAGUGUUAUAGCCCCAUAUGGAAUCUCUGCAAAGGAUGUUUCUCAAGAACUGUUCAACAAGGAACCGGGAAAAGAUAUUUGUGAAACAAAAUUGAGGGCUGUCUUUGUUCCACCACCACAGCCGCCUUCUCCUGUUUUAGAGUCAGCAGAAGAAGGGUUAUCUCCAAAAUCAUCAUAUUCACUAGACAAUGGUGAUCAAAGUACAUUCUUUACUGAUACAAAUUCAAAAGAGGUCAAUGAGCUGAGAGCAAAGCUUACAGAGGCCAGGGCUGCCCUUACAAGUUUAACUGAAGAGCGUAAUGCUGCUCUCCGUAAAACACAACUUCUUCAGCAAGAACUGGCACAGGUUUUGGCCUCCAAGAGCAAGGCAGAAACUACACAGUCUCAACAGAAGUUCUCAUUCAUGUUUGUCAUUAUUGUCGCCAUCUUAUCAUUUGUGCUUGGUAUUCUAAUAUAUUAAAUAUCAUUUCAUUGGCCUUGGAAACUUUGUUCUGUUAUAUCAUUCUUAUAACUAUUUUGUUUGAACCUCAGACUGAGGUGAUCAAAAUCUUAAUUGCGUAACUUAGGAUUUGAUUAUUGUAACAGUAGUUUCCUUGCAACAUUUUAGUUUUACCAGGUUCAUCAAGCCUAUCAAGAAAGAAUAUACAACACUUGGCAUCGUCUCUAAUUUCAAGUGUUCUAUGUUCAUAAGAUGCUUAAUCAGAAUGCCUGCUUUCACAAAUUCUAUGUUCAUAAUAUUAAAAGUGCUAAAUUGGAAUGCGCUAACAAUUUAUGUGUUUUUCCUUUUA